GGGGGGAGCUCCGUCGCGUGACACGGCCUGACGUAAAGCCAAGUCACCCACAGUGCAGUGCAGUGCAGUCAGUGUCCUUUUUGCGAUCCGGCUUGCCCUGCCAAUUGCUUUUCUUUUUCCCCUUCUAGUUCGCAUGGGCGGUGAAGGCAGCUCGUCCGAGCAAUUCUGUUUCUGCUCAUUGCCACUGCCACUGCCAAUUCUGUUUUUGCUCUUGCCACUGCCAUUGCCAUUGCCACUGCCAUUGCCAUUGCCACUGCCAUUGCCAUUGCCAUCGUUAUUGUUAUUGGUAUUUGUAUUUGUAUUGGUAUUGGUAUUUUCCAGAAAUCAGGGAAGGUACUCCGCCCUGUACUACAUACAUACACAUAGGUACACGGUGCCCUGGUUAGGAUCCGAACAGGGAAGCCCCAACCUCGACCGAGCCUGUCUGACCGUGACUCCUACUCCCGUCUGCCAGGGCAGAAUUAAUCCGCCAACGGCUCCGACUCCCGACCUCACACACAGCCUGUGCCCUUGCCCUCGCCUCGCCGCUGCCGACCCAUGCCCCAAUGUCUCACCGCCGUCAUGCCGUCCACCGCCAGGUCGGCCUGUUCUUGUUUGCCUGCGACCUUGACCGUCUGACACGGCGAGCCAACCUCGGGCUCGACAAGCGAGAGCAUUGCUUGCCUGCUUCACACUAUGAAAUGAAACUAUAGAUUACACAACAGCAACCAUGGCUGCAACCCGCGCCCCGACGCGCGCCGCAGUCGACCUCCUGAAUACGAUGCGCUCACGGCACGGCCCUGUGGCGGCGCA